AUGUGGGUGGCGAACUACGACAAACUACCAACAAGAUCACGGCUCGCUGGCUGGGGAAUGUUCGUCUCUGCGGAAUGCGCCUUCUGUUCUAGAUUUGAUGAAACCAGAGACCACCUUAUGCUAACCUGCGAAUAUACCACUCAAGUCUGGAAGGAGGUGCUUCUCAGGUGCCAAUCGACUUCGACAUUGCUCACCAACUGGUCUGAGCUGUUGUCUUGGAUCAGAUCAUCACAGUCCAAGAAACUCACUUUGAUACGAAAGUUGGCUACUCAAACCACUAUCUUCCAUCUUUGGAAACAAAGAAACAACCUAAUGCAUAACCAGACAUCGACCUCACCAGAAUCUGUCUUCUAUGGCAUUGAUAAAGACAUGAGAAACAUUAUAUCAGCUAGGAGAGUUAGUAAGCAUUUUCAUUCGAUCAUGGCGAUGUGGCUGAGAUAA